GGGAGAAAGUUGAACCCCAGCAGAAACAUGGCUCGCAGUGUUUUGUGCAGAGGAGUCUCUGUCCUUCAGCUCAGCAGAACAUGUCUGCUGUCCGCUCCUCGGUGGUACUCCCAGUCCGAACCGGAACCGCUGGCACUGAAGCAACAGAACCACGGAAUCAGGAGGAUUAUUCUAAACAACCCUAAGAAGCGGAACGCUCUGUCCCUGGCCAUGCUGGAAACCAUCCGAGAGAACAUCCUGGCAGACGCUGACAGCAAAGAUCUCAGAGUCAUCAUCAUAUCUGCCAAAGGUCCGGUGUUCUCAUCGGGACACGACCUGAAGGAGCUGACAUCCGCUCGGGGCAGAGAGUUCCACACCAAGGUGUUUCAGACCUGCUCAGAGGUGAUGACCCUGAUACAAGACAUCCCCGUCCCAGUGAUCGCCAUGGUGAACGGCGUCGCCACAGCAGCCGGCUGCCAGCUGGUCGCCAGCUGUGACAUCGCCGUAGCGACCGAGAAGUCCACCUUUGCCACUCCUGGCGUCAAUGUGGGCCUGUUCUGCUCGACGCCGGCGGUGGCCAUCGGCAGAGCGGUGCCCAGGAAGGUUGCCAUGGAGAUGCUGCUGACGGGAACUCCUCUCUCAGCCCAUGACGCUCUGCUGCACGGCCUGAUCAGUAAGGUGGUUCCCGAGGAGCGGCUGGAGGAGGAGACGCUGGCCAUCGCCCAGCGGGUCUGCCAGUCCAGUCGGCCCGUCGUGGCUCUUGGAAAGGCCACCUUCCUCAGACAAAUGGCUCAAGGCAGAGACGCAGCGUAUGCUACGGCCUCCAAGGUGAUGGUGGACAACCUGGCUCUCCGGGAUGGGCAGGAGGGGAUCCGGGCCUUCAUCGAGAAACGCAAGCCUGUGUGGAGCCAUAAAGCUGAGAAGGUUCACGACUGAGCAGCUCUGCUGCUAGAGAAGAAGAAAUAAAAGAGUGAAAUCUGCAGUAUUAAGAAGAUCUAAGGUUGAAAUCAUUUCUUAUUUUAGCCAAACAGAACCUCUGUUCUGCUCAGAUCAGCACCUCUCUGGGCCUCAGGAGCUCAUUCUGUUAGAAAUUCAUCCUUGUUUAUCUUGAUUUGAUGUUUUCCUUUAGACUAAAUUAAUCAGACCUUUUGCAUAUUAUUGAGGAAACAGCAGAUGGUCUCUGAUAAUCAGAUGAUUUCCCCUCUUAAUGGUGGACGUUUGUGACAGACUGGUUUAAGCUAAACCUUAAACUAAACUGAGUUUAGGAAAAAGGUUCCCUUCUUG